AUGCGGGUGCACCUGGGCGUGCUGGCGGGCGCGGCGUCGCUGACCGGGGCGCUCAGCUUCGCGCUCCUGGCGGCCGCCAUCGGCACGGACUUCUGGUACAUCAUCGACACCGAGCGGCUGGAGAGGAGAGGCCCGGGGGCGCAGAACCUGCUGGGGAUCGCCAACCGCAGCCAGCCCGAGCCUCUGAGCUCCCACUCCGGCCUCUGGCGGACCUGCCGGGUCCAGAGCCGGUGCAUGCCACUAAUGAACCCCUUCUGGCAGGAGAACGUGACAGUCAGCGACUCGAGCCGACAACUUCUCACCAUGCAUGGGACGUUUGUGAUUCUGCUGCCGCUCAGCCUGAUCCUGAUGGUUUUUGGGGGGAUGACGGGCUUUCUGAGCUUCCUUCUCCGAGCCCCGCUCCUCCUCCGGCUCACUGGGAUUCUCUUCCUCUUUGGAGCCGCGGUGACUCUCGCCGGGAUCAGCGUCUACAUCGCGUACUCGGCCGCCGCCUUCCGGGAGGCGCUGUGCCUCCUGCAGGAGAAGGCCCUCCUGGACCAGGUGGACAUCCGCUUCGGCUGGUCCCUGGCCCUGGGCUGGGUCAGCUUCGUCGCCGAGCUGCUCACUGGGGCGGCCUUCCUGGCAGCCGCCCGCGUGCUCAGCCUGAGAGGGAGGCAGGACCAGGCCGUGUGA